AUGCCUCAGUCGAAGCUUUCCCCCACCCAGCUCGAUGAGCUCCAGAAGGCUACCCAUUUUGAUAAAAAGGAACUGCAACAAUGGUAUAAAGGGUUUUUGAAGGACUGCCCCUCGGGGACCUUGACCAAGGAGGAGUUCCAAAAGAUCUACCGACAGUUCUUCCCUUUUGGCGAUCCGUCAUCAUUUGCCAAUUAUGUGUUCCGUGUCUUCGAUUCGGAUAAUAGCGGGAUGAUCGAUUUCAAGGAGUUUAUCUGUGCAUUGUCGGUCACAUCCCGGGGCAAGAUGGAGGAUAAGUUGGAUUGGGCGUUUCAACUGUAUGACAUUGAUGGCGAUGGUAAGAUCACGUAUGACGAAAUGCUCGCCAUCGUGGAGGCAAUCUAUAAGAUGGUCGGCUCGAUGGUGAAACUUCCCGAAGAUGAGGACACGCCCGAGAAACGAGUUCGCAAGAUUUUCCGUAUGAUGGACAAAGAUGAGAAUGGCAGCCUUGACAUGGAGGAGUUCAAGGAGGGUAGCAAGCGCGACGAGACGAUCGUGAGCGCCCUGUCUUUGUAUGAUGGACUGUGCGAUGGCAGGACCCCUUGCGCACGAUGCAAAAGCCUGAACACACCCUGUCUGCGCCAGAUCCGAGCGAUCGAGUUUCGCGAUCAAGGCCCGGCCCUGCGACAGAAAUAUCAGUCGACAUCGCAGCCCUCGCACCUCUCACCGGUCUCGGAUCGCGAAGGUGGUCCUCCCUCACGGUCGACCCGGUCCAAUGUCCGAUAUCUGCCAGUUGCCUUUCCGACUAACGAGACGGUGUCGCAUUCGCUAUCCGUUACCGCUGUCUCAUCCCUACAAACCCAAGUAUUUACCAACUUCGUCCUAUCAGCUUUCCCUUGUUAUUUCAAGUGCACCGAAACACAAGUGCCGGUCAAUUGGGUGGAAUAUGUCGAAAAUCGGAGAGGGACUAAUUCAUGUUUCGAUUGGGCUCUUCGCGCUUGCACUACCUCCUAUGCGGGCGCUGUGCACAAUGAUCAGCGACUGCUGAAAGAAGCUCGGGUGAUGUAUAUUCAGGCCUUGCGGAGCCUUGGCGGGUUGUUGUCCCACAUCUCAACGGCCAAAUCGGACGAGGCCUUGGCGACGGCUAUUACCCUCGCGGUUUAUGAGAAACACCACUGUACCGAUGCAAACUCGUGGCUUAAACAUGCGUCAGGGGUCCGGACGCUGAUGAAGCUCCGUGGCCCGUCGGCUCAUCUUCACGGGUUCGGUUGUGCCAUGUAUGUCGCUUAUCGAAGCUUCUUGGUCACAGCGGCCUUGGUAUCCGGGGAAGAAUGCUUUCUGCAGGAGCCUGAGUGGCAGGCCCUCAAUGAAGAAAUUGCGGCGAACAACGCCAAGCUACCCGAUUCAUCCUUGUAUACGGAUGUUGUGGAGCGCGGCUUCCUGGAGAUCCUGAAGAUACCCGGGCAUGUAAAGCAAGUGCGCAAGUUGCUUUCCCUUUCAUCGGAGGAAAGGGCCAGGCGUCAGCCAGACGUCUUGCGUAGCGUCCAGGCCGCUCGUGCGGCGCUUCGAGGGAUCAACACGGAGUUUGGCAUCUCGGUGUCGAUGCGCCGUGCUGGUCAAGGUGCUCGACAGGGCUUCAUCGGCCCGUCUCCAAAUUUCUUCCUCGACGGUUACUCCACGCUUUUCGCGAGUGGUGUUCGCUCCGGCCUGCUGAUCCUCAACCAGCUGGUCAUCGCCACGGAUCCGACACAGCGAGCUUCGCUCGAGUUAGAAUGCCAACUUCUUUCGGGCGAACGUUGUUCGAGCCUGGCCAGCUGUGAAGACCCUGUAGUACGUCCAUUAACACCACCAGACUCUCCACACGCGCCGCAGCUAGUAGUGGAGUCUUUGAUCACUCCCUCAUACAGAAAGCCACCCACGACAGACUGGAUGGAUCAUAUUGCAGCGACGAUGGGUAUGGAUGGUGUACGGGUGAGCUUGCUUGAAUAA